GACGUUUUCCAGUUAAACGUAAAGCUAGCUGAAUUAGCCUGUGGGAGAUUAUUUUAUUACUCUUUCCACAAACACCGUCGAAGAGGACAUCUAUUAGUGCAUUAUUAUUUGCCAUUUGGGGACAUUUUUGCUGAGCUUAAAUUGUCGCUCGCAGAGACUUUUGCUAAUGCUAGUUCGCUGGUCGCUAGCUACCUAGCUAGCUAAAACGAAACAUAACACAGCUGUUUGGACAAAACAUUAAUAAACGCAGAUAUUUAAACAAUGUCUGGACCAAAUGGAGACCCCAACAUCUCUGUUGAUGAGGGUAUCAUCAACGACGAGGAUGAAUUCGGCGAAGGAGAGUACGCAUCCAUCAACUCCAUGCUAGAUCAGAUCAACUCGUAUCUCGAUGACCUGGAGGACCGGAACGACGCACUUAACGGCAAACUGCACGAUCUGAUGGAGUCCAACCGUCAAGCCCGGCUGGAGUUCAGGGCCCAGCUGCUCGGCUCUCCCACCGAGGAGGAGGAGGAGGAGGAGGAGGAGCCGAGCCAACAACCUGCAGACGUGGACUCCUCCUCACCUGGCACGGAAGAGCUGGAUGAUGAUGACACCGGGAAAUCGCAAAUAAGCGAUAAGAGCAGUUAGAAAAAUGGGGAUUGAGUUAGAAAAAUGUCUGAAAGUUGAGUCCUAACCUCCAUAGACCAUGCCUGUGUGAGUCUUCUGUAAAAUUGCACCCUCAUCAGCAGACGUGUGUACGACAGUGAUAUUUUCCAUAUCCUCUUGUCACUGAACUCGAUCUAGUUUUUCUCCUUUUUUUUUUGAACUGUGGUGUGCUGAAGAUUGAAGUUUAUUGACCCUCUUUGCAGCUCAUCAAACAAGUUGGACGUCACAGUAACUUAGCACUCUGUUGCCAACUUGCUAUGUAAAAGGCUCGAUCUCCCUCUGUAGUGGGACAUAAUGAUGACAUUCCCAAAGCAAGGAAUACACCAGUAGAUUUUUAAGAAGGUAAUUGAAGAGACUUGGCAUCAGUUAUGUGUGAUAUUAAUGAAGGGGGGGGAGGUAAGAGAUUUAAAUGCAUAACCCUGCACAUGCUUGAUUCUGUCCUCAUGGUUAAACUGGAGAAUAACAUUAUGAUGUUUCUGGCUUCACCAAGAAUCAAUGUAAUGCUUUUAUAACAGCUGCAAUCUCUGUAAUUACUGUAUGUGUCCCCAAAAAGUGAAUAUGCAACAUUCCAGAUGUCAAAAAAGUAUUUAUUUAAAAAAAAAAAAAAAACUAUUAUGGAUCAUCUGCAGCAUGAUGAAAUGUGUGCAGUUUGUUUUCUUCAUCAUGUUCAGGAUUAAAACUGCUGUAUGAAAAGUGUUUAUGUAGAACAACCACAACCACAAGCUUUGGGAAUUAUCAGACAUUUUAAUAUAAAUUAAAAUGACCCCCGAACAGAAAACAAAAAAAAACAUCCAAAAAUACAUUAAACUUCCAGCAGUUAGAAAACAUCACUUGUUUUGAUCUCAAAUUGUCAGUUAGCUGAAUAAAAAUACAAUAAGAAACA